AUUUAUUAGUGUAUCAUGGUAAUGGUACAAUGCAAGGUUGGCAACUUACACUGGCCUGGCUGUGAUGCAUCAAUUCUGAUCGAUGUGUCUAACUCGGCGUCCUUAGAGCCACCAGAGCUGGGAGCAAAAAAGAACUUUGGGAUUAGAAAGAGGGAAUCAAUUAACCAAAUAAAAUCAAGGAUUGAAGAAGAAUGUCCAGGGCUAGUCUCUUGUGCUGAUAUUAUAGUGUUGGCUGCUAGAGAGGCAGUGGCUAUUUCUGGGGGUCCAAGAAUAAUAGUUCCUUUAGGUAGGAGAGACUCAAUCUCAGCUUCAAGCUCUGAAGAUGCUGAUGCUUCCCUCCCUGCACCUGAUUUUGGAGUUGAUGACGCUCUCAGCCUUUUCGCCAAGCUAGGGAUGACUACUCGGGAAACAGUUGCCAUUAUGGGGUCACAUACUUUAGGAGUCACACAUUGCUUAAACAUUAUGGAUCGUUUGUACAGGCCAUCUGACGUGAGAGGGAGCAACAUGGAUCCUAGAUUUGAAGCACUCUUGAAAUUCAGCUGUCCUGAAAACAUACCCUUUUCUCAAAAUAUAAGUUUUGUGCUUAAUGAUCCUUCAACAUUUAUAUUUGACAAUUUGUACUACAAGAAUUCUCUGCAGCGCCGAGGUGUGCUAAGGAUUGAUGCAGAGUUGCCCCUAAACACUCGAACAGCAGGGAUUGUGGAACAGUUUGCAGCUAAUUCUGACGAUUUCUUUCAAGAAUUUGGUUCUGCUUUUUUAAAGCUCUCAUAUGCAGGAGUGUUAACUGGUAAUCAUGGUAUAAUUAGGAGCAUGUGUAACUUUGUAGACAAUUAAGGACUAAAUUUCGUAGUCAUGAGUUGCUACCUAGCAGCCUGCACUACUGUAUUUAUCACUAAUAUGUUGUUAAUUAAGAUCAUCUUGUUAUGUAUGUCUAAAGCUAUGUUGUGUACUUAAAUUUGAUUUUAUGAGAACGAAAGAAAUUCGUAAA